GAAGUAUGCACUGAUAGAUGCUGAUGACGUCCCCAUUGAAAGCUCAGGCCAGGACCCAAGCUCCCUAGCCCAAACUUUUCGACACAGCCUAUCCAUCUGCUGCAACAACAGUCGCUGAGCAUUGCGUCCCCCGUCCCUUCACCCCUCCAUCUCUUUAAUACUCGCCCUGAUAUCACCAUGGCGCCGACCAACGCCCCUCUGCCCAACUCGCCGGGUCCCUUCCCAGUUCAAAUUCCCGUGGACCAAGGCACAAGUUCACUGUGGGACCGACUUUCAAACUGGGCCUCGGAGAACAAGGGCGUUGUUUAUACGAUUGCGGGCAUAACAUUAGUGGUGGGCGCUGGCGGUGCUGUCUACUACUUCUCGAAUGCCGAUUCGAGUUCAGACGGUGGCGCGACUGAGUCUUCGGCGAACAAGCGGAAGAGGCAGCGCGAGCGAAAGCGCGCAAAGGAGAGGGCGGAGAAGGGCUCUGCUACGGAUAAGGAGAGCACAUCAGAGACAGCGAGUGAACCCAAGAAGGCCUCGGUAACGGCGACGAGCGAGGAUGAGUUGCCAGACGUUGACGAGAGCUCCGUGGGCGCUCUGUCAGAAGAGGAGCGAAAGGACUAUGCGGCCAAGCUCAAGGCCGCAGGCAACAAGGCAUACGGCUCAAAAGACUACAAUCGCGCCAUCGACCUCUACGCCAAGGCCAUCCUUUGCAAGCAAGACCCCGUCUUCUACUCAAACCGCGCUGCCUGCUACAAUGCCAUGUCAGACUGGGACAAGGUCAUCGAGGACACCACGGCCGCCAUCAACCUCGACAACGAGUACGUCAAGGCCCUAAACCGGCGAGCGAAUGCAUACGAGCAGGUCGAGCGCAAUAGCGAGGCUCUGCUCGACUACACUGCCAGCUGCAUCAUUGAUGGCUUCCGCAACGAGAACAGCGCCCAGAGCGUGGAGCGUCUACUUAAGAAGGUGGCCGAGACCAAGGGCAAGGCCAUUCUAACAUCCAAAGAGAAGAAGCUCCCAAGCCCAACCUUUGUCACAAACUACCUGCAGAGUUUCCGACCGAAGCCACCACCAGCGGGUCUGGAAGACGAUGCGGAGCUAGAAGAGGAGAGCGGAAAGGGCCAAUUGCGCAAGGGAUUGAAGGCCAUGGCCACCAAGACGGGAGAGGGCUAUACCGAAGCCGCGGGAGCCUUCGACCGCGCGCUUGAGCUCGGAGAUCUCGGAGAGCACGAGGCUUUCGCGUACAACAUGCGCGGAACCUUCAGCUACCUCAAGGGUGAUAACGAGGAUGCCCUCAAGGACAUGGACAAGAGCAUUGAGUUGCAACCCACACUGACACAGAGCUUCAUCAAGCGUGCCAGCAUGCACCUGGAGCUGGCCAACCCCGAAGCCGCCGAAGCCGAUUUCGCUGCUGCCCUAGAGCAAAACUCGAACGACCCAGAUAUCUACUACCACCGCGCACAACUCCACUUCAUCAAGUCAGAAUUCGGUGAGGCUGCCAAGGACUACCAGAAAUCUAUCGACCUGGACAAAGACUUCAUCUUCUCGCACAUCCAGCUCGGCGUCACACAAUACAAAAUGGGCAGCAUCGCCUCUUCAAUGGCUACUUUCCGCCGCUGCAUGAAGAACUUCACUCAAGUCCCAGAUGUAUACAACUACUACGGCGAGCUCCUCCUCGACCAGCAGAAGUACCAAGAAGCAAUCGAGAAGUUUGACACGGCUGUUGACAUGGAGAAGACAUCCAAGCCCCUGGGAAUGAACGUCUUGCCACUCAUCAACAAGGCGCUCGCACUCUUCCAGUGGAAGAAUGACUUUUCCGAGGCAGAGAAGCUAUGCGAGAAGGCGUUGAUCAUCGACCCGGAAUGCGACAUUGCGGUUGCGACUAUGGCGCAGUUGCUGUUGCAGCAGGGCAAGGUUACGGAGGCGUUGAAGUAUUUCGAACGCGCGGCUGAGUUGUCGAGAACAGAGGGUGAGAUUGUCAAUGCCUUGAGUUAUGCGGAGGCGACAAGGACACAGCUUGAGGUGCAAGAGAAAUACCCCAAGCUUGCGUCAAGACUAGGCGCCAUGGGCGGCGGAGCAGGCGGAGCAGGAUUUGGCGCGAUGCGGUAAACCCCGUACAUUUCGCCUCUUCUCCACUUUGUUCCCAAUCUGUACUUACCACUCUAUUGGACGUUCUGGCAAAAGGACAGUUGAAACGGCGU